AUUUCAGAAUCAUAUGCUUCAUAUUGGAGUAAGUUGUUAAAGUUACUUCAUAUUGGAGUAACUGACACAUGGAGUCACAAAUGGAAAACACAUCAUCCAUUUGCAUACAGUUGCUUAUAAAUAAUAUAACGUCAUAUUUAAGUGGUAAUAAUUGCAAAAAUACCUCAGUUGUCAAGGUAAAUAAUGAAAAGUUAGCAAUAAAUGGUGAAUUAUAUUUUAUACCUAGCCUUAAAGUAUGGAAAAACUUGUUGAAAGACACAGAUAAAUGUGAAGAAAAGUGUACAACAAUUUUGCAACAUUUUCUAUAUGUUAGAGGUGGUGGAACAAAUAACAAUACUGAUGCAGACAUUGCAAAUCAGGUUUUACAGUUGUUAGUAUCAUCGAGUAGUAAUUGGUCUAUAAAAUUACACAAGUAUCUUUUAGAGAGAGAAAGAGUUUGUUUAUUUUUACAACGUACCCCUCUUAUAGAGAGUUCGAUCAAAUCAGUUAUAGCAUUUAAGAAUGACUUUGGAAAAACCUUUUCAGUUAACAAGAUCUUUAGUUUCAUAUCGCUCCAAGAUAACGAAUCAGAACUCACAACUAGAAGAUUACACUUAAUACAGCGUGUCACUGAAAAGAUUUUGACUCUACACGGGUCUAAACUAUCAGAUGAGCACUCUGAUUACAGAUUUGUAUUUACCACUAGGUCACAAGGAAAUGUCAGAGAAAAUUAUGAGAGGUAUAUAUGUGGUGUGGUAAAAAAUACAGAAACAAACUGUAAAGAGACAAAACUAACGUAUAAAGAAUAUGUUAACAAUAAAAUUAUAGAAUUAAAAGCAUUAAAUGAACAUAAAUAUUUUGAAGCACGAGAAUUCAAUGUAGAAACAGAAAAAUGUUUCCUUGAAAAUCUUGCAAAAGCAACAGUUACAUUUGAAUUAUUAUCUGUAAAACCAAGCCGUCCUGUUUUUAUUGGAUGCAAUGUUGCUACCGAUAAAAGUACCACAAACACAAAAGGUGGAUGUUUUAUAUUAUAUAAUACAGCAAGAAUAACAGCUAUCAUUGAAAAGUAUAAUGAUAAAAGUUUAAGAGGAGAAUAUCCUAAUUUACCAUGUGUCAAUGAUACAGAUUUUUCUUUACUAAAUCAAGAGGAAGAAUGGGAACUUAUAUAUAAUUUUGUUAUUGGAUAUCAACAAAUGAUAAAGGAUUGUUUACGAUAUGAUCCUGUCUUCCAAACAAAUACACAAUUUAUUUGUAUAUUUUUGUCUAAACUGUGCCAAAAAUUUAGCAUCUACUAUCAUAGAAUUAGAAUUUUAACUGAAGCAUAUGACCAUUUGAUUCCAACAAUGACUGCCAGAUUAUAUAUGCUACAUGCAUUGCAAAUUGUGCUUCAAAAUGCACUUGCUUUACUAGAUAUCGCUCCUGUAUCUCGCAUGUAAUUUAAUCAUACAAAUUUUUUUAAUCAAAAUGAUAUAUCUCAAUAUAAUAGAAAUCAAUUUACAAAAUUGUACAAAUUAUAAGGAAUUAUGUAUUUUUCAAAAGAAAAAUAAAAAGUGAAUUAUCAACUAAACAAAGUAAUAUUUUAAAUUGUGCUUCACAAGUUUCUAAGUUUUUCAACUUAAAUAUAUUUUAAUUUUUGCCUUAUAAUAAAAGUAUGGAAAAAUAAUGUAAUUUUGAAAAAUUAUUAUUUUCAUAAGAAAUCUUUAUAAAUCUAUCGUUACUUUUAAAUUAGUUGAAAAUGUAUUGGGUUAAGCAGUUAUUUACUAAAAAAUGCAAUAAAUCUAUAUUUAUAAUUUGUAGUUCCAAUAAUAUUUUCUAAUAAUUGUUGAAUUAAUUAGAUUUGUCAUGUCGUAAUUGUAUUGAUUUUAAAUAUAUCACAAUGAAACAU